AUGGCCGACUGGGUCGGAUCGUGCUCUGAGGGCCGCAAAGCCCGGCGUCCCCGGGCCCCCCGAGACGUCGCGGGUACCAAGCGGACAAGUGCCUUGAACCAAGAAGAUGCUUCUCAAAGGAAAGCAGAACUAGAAGCAGCUGUCAGAAAGAAGAUUGAGUUUGAGAGAAAAGCUCUACAUAUUGUGGAACAGCUUUUAGAAGAGAAUAUUUCGGAAGAAUUCCUAAGGGAGUGUGGGAAAUUCAUCACACCUGCUCACUAUAGUGAUAUCGUGGAUGAGCGUUCUAUUAUCAAACUCUGUGGCUAUCCUUUAUGUCAGAACAAGCUAGGAAUUGUACCAAAACAGAAAUACAAAAUUUCUACCAAAGCUAAUAAAGUCUAUGAUAUUACUGAAAGAAAGUGUUUUUGCAGCAAUUUUUGUUAUAAAGCAUCUAAAUUUUUUGAAGCACAAAUUCCUAAAAGUCCAGUGUGGGUUCGCGAGGAAGAAAGACAUCCUGAUUUUCAGCUGCUACAGGAAGGACAAAGUGGUCCUUCUGGAGAAGAAAUACAGUUAUGCAGCAAAGCCAUUAAAACAUCAGAUAUUGACAAUCCUGGCCAUUUUGAGAAGCAUUAUGAAUCUAGUUCUUCUAGCACUCAUAGUGAUAGUAGCAGUGAUAAUGAGCAAGACUUUGUUUCCUCCAUUCUACCAGGAAACAGACCAAAUGCAACGAGUAUAAGGCCACAGCUGCACAAAAAAAGCAUAAUGAAAAAGAAAGCUGGUCAAAAAGUUAACUCUCAACGUGAAAGCAAAGAGCAAACAGUAGUAGAUGUCAUUGAGCAGUUAGGCAGUUGCAGAUUAGAUAAUCAGGAGAAAGCUACGGCUUGUGAACUUCCUUUGCAGAAUGCAAAUACACAGAUUUCUUCAAAUAGUUCUCUGCAAGAAAAAUUAGAAGCUUCAGAAAUUUCUGAUAUUAAAUACAGUAGUACAAAAGUAACUCUUGUAGGCAUAAGCAAGAAAAGUGCUGAGCAUUUUAAGAGGAAAUUUGCCAAAUCAAACCAAGUUUCUGGGUCAGCUUCCAGUUCAUUGCAGGUGUGCCCUGAAAUUGCAAAGGCAAACUUACUUAAAGCCCUGAAGGAGACUUUGAUUGAGUGGAAGACAGAAGAAACUUUAAGGUUUUUGUAUGGCCAGAAUUAUGCAUCUAUAUGUCUAAAAUCCUCCUCAACCCCUCUGGUUAAAGAAGAACUUGAUGAAGAUGAUACAAACUCUGACCCAUAUAGUCAUUCCCCUGCCUUGCAGGAGUUGAACAGCUUGGAUGAGUCUUUACCAUUUAGAGCCUCAGAUACAGCCAUUAAACCACUGCCAAGUUAUGAGAACUUGAAAAAAGAAACUGAAACAUUAAAUUUAAGGAUCAGGGAGUUUUAUAGAGGACGAUAUGUUUUGAAUGAAGAAACCACCAAAUCACAAGACUCAGAAGAGCAUGAUCCCACCUUUCCACUGAUAGAUUCAAGUUCUCAGAACCAGAUCAGAAAACGCAUCGUACUUGAAAAAUUGAAUAAAGUAUUGCCUGGACUUUUGGGACCUCUUCAGAUUACAUUAGGAGAUAUUUACACACAACUUAAAAAUCUUGUCCAGACUUUCAGAUUAACAAAUAGAAAUAUUAUACAUAAACCUGCAGAGUGGACCUUAAUUGCUUUGGUGUUGCUGUCAAUACUGACCUCAACUCUUGGCAUUCAGAAGCUUUCUCAGGAAAAUGUGAUGUCUACACAGUUCAUGACCACCCUGCUUGAAGAAUUGCAUUUAAAAAAUGAAGACCUUGAAAGUUUAACCAUCAUAUUUAGAACCAGCUGUUAA